GACGCCGGUGGCGGCAUGGCGGCCCCGCGGGCGGCGCGACUCCUGCGGCCGGCGCUGAGCGCCUGGCGCUCGCUGCACGUCACGGCGGCCAGAAAUGAAGCCGUUGUGAUUUCUGGAAAGAAGCUGGCCCAGCAGAUCAGGCAGGAGGCCCGGCAGGAAGUGGAGCAGUGGGUCGCCCUGGGUAACAAAAGGCCCCACCUGAGCGUCGUCCUGGUGGGAGAAAACCCUGCCAGCCACUCCUAUGUCUUGAACAAGACCAAGGCUGCAGCAGAUGUGGGAAUCAGCAGUGAAACAAUUUUGAAACCUGCCUCCGUUUCUGAGGAGGAGUUGCUGUAUUUGAUCAGCAAGCUCAACGAUGAUGACAAUGUGGACGGCCUCCUGGUUCAGCUCCCUCUUCCUGAGCACAUCGAUGAGAGAAGGGUGUGCAAUGCUGUGGCUCCAGACAAGGAUGUGGAUGGCUUUCACGUGAUCAACGUGGGCCGCAUGUGCCUGGACCAGUGCUCCAUGCUCCCCGCGACGCCCUGGGGUGUGUGGGAGAUCAUCAAGCGGACGGGCAUUCCCACUCUGGGCAAGAACGUGGUCGUGGCUGGCAGGUCCAAGAACGUCGGCAUGCCCAUCGCAAUGUUGCUGCAUACAGACGGCAGGCACGAGCGUCCCGGAGGGGAUGCCACUGUGACAAUAUCUCACCGUUACACUCCCAAGGAGCAGCUGAAGAAGCACACGAUUCUUGCCGAUAUCGUGGUAUCCGCCGCAGGCAUCCCUAAUCUAAUCACAGCAGAUAUGAUCAAGGAAGGCGCUGCUGUCAUCGAUGUGGGGAUAAAUCGAGUGCACGAUCCCAUCACUGCCAAGCCCAAAUUAGUGGGAGAUGUAGCUUUUGAAGAAGUCAAGAAGAAAGCCAGCUACAUCACUCCGGUCCCUGGGGGUGUGGGUCCCAUGACGGUCGCCAUGCUGAUGAAGAACACCAUCAUUGCUGCAAAGAAGCUGGUGAAGCCCGAGGAGCGGGAGGUGAAGGCCAAACAGUUCGCAGCAGCCACCUCUUAAUGGAGGUCUCUUUAUUUAAAAAAAAACCCACAAAAAACAUUCCAAGUAAUUUAAAAAAAAAAAAAAA